AUGCGCUGCAAGCGCAGUGAUUUUAAAAUCUAACGAAAUAUUGUGUAAUGUGAAACGUUUUACACGUACAAACAACAAUCGAAUAUUUUAUAAAAUUCCAUUUGGCCUGAUUCGGCCAUAAUUUUUUACAAAAUGAUAGUGAACAAUGUAAUAACUAUUAUUUUUGUCGUUAUAACUGGAACAGUAUUCGUGCGAUGUGCAUUUGCGGCAGGCAAACACCGUACAAAAUUAAAAAUAGAAGCAAUUGGGCACAAACCAAGUAAUGAUGUUCUACUACGUUCUCUUUCGGACUUCGGCGUCGUACGAAGAUCUUUGAAUCCGAUGACGUUCGGACAAUAUAGCUAUGGCUAUGAAUAUCAACUAACAAGUGAUCAAAAUGUUUCAAAUGGCAAAACUAAAAAGAACGCAGUAAUAGAGAAUUUAAAACUAUCAGUGACAUUCCGUGAUAACAUACUUUAUAUCUUCUCGUACUUGCUUUACGGCCGUGAAAACAAUUUGACAGAAGAACAACAUACAUCCUUGGAAACGCUUUAUGAAUUCCUCAAGAAGAAAAUGGUUUAUAUGUACAAUUUAUUAACUAUUUUACCUAAAUUGGACAUCACAGAUAAGAAUCAACAGACAAGUAUCGUAUUGUCAUCGCUGAUAAAAAAUCUACCAUCUUAUAUUCAAUGUACGGCUAAAUACUUAGCCAAUGAGAUAGAAUGGAACAGAAUUGAUUUAAAUACUUUACUAAAACCAACAGAAUCUGAGACGUUUGAUUAUCUUGCCGAUAUUAAUUUAAACACGCUCUCAACAAGUAGAAUUAGAAACGAAGAAAUGAUAGGAUACGAUGAAAAUUCAAAUAUCACCCAGAAAGCUCUUGGUCCAGUGUUUGUAAAGCUUAUUUAUAAUUUACAAACAAAAAAGUUACCUUUGUCGCAAGAACUAUUCGGUUUGAUACUGAUAAACUUACCAAACCUUAGCGAGGAUCCCGUACUGGAAGAAAACGUCAGAUAUCUGUAUGAUCUAACAAGAAAUAAUAUCAUCGAUAGUAAUGAUUGGGAUUCAAUUGGGGAAAAUCCUGUUGGCAAUGACGCUUAUACACUUGUUUUUUCUGUCUUAACCAAAAUUCUUAAUUCAAACUUACAAAUGGGCGUAAAGGAGUCUACGUCUUACAUAUAUCAUCACAUGAAGAUCGUAACGGUUCCAACUUACCUUGAUUCAAACUUAAAAUAUAUGCAUCAUUUGCUGGAAAAAGAUAUAGAUAUAGGAAUGCUUCUCUCUGCGGUUAUUCCUCAGGAGUUUGAUGAAGAUACGAUUCGUAUGAAAGAUCGUUUACUAACGUACUUCGUACGUAAUUACAGAAACGAGGAUAUGACUAAAAUUCUUAAGAGAUUCAAUAAAUUUGCCUACAACAAUCUAUCAGAUCUUCUAUUGGCAUUCCUAACAAGACUUACAAUUCGCGUUCCAAGGUCUCCAAAUACUAAUUCAGUACAACAGCCGGCUUCAGCUUUGCUAUCAGCUGUAUUUAUGAAAAAGUAUUCUAGAAUUUUCACACCGUUUGUGUCACCCGAAAUUGAUGUAUUGGUACUUUUAGAAUCUGUGCAGGUCUCUGAUGUGGAUCAAGUACUUCAGUCAACAGUAGAUUCCAUAAAAGCUGAGUUAAUUUCACAGCCAAAACUAGCUGUGCUUUUGAGUACCUUAAUACCAACGGAAAAAGAGAUGUGUGAGGUACCAAAACAGUGUUUGGUGAAUACAUUCCAGCAAGUACCAAAAUUACAAAAUAAUAUAUCCUUGGCUUUAACAAAAAAAAUUCAACACGUAGCGUAUAUUCUGAAAACAACUCCACAGCCUCAGCAACUAAAAGAAAGCCACACCACACAAUAUUCCAUAAAACCAGUAGAUGUAAAUCUCUAUUUAGAUCGGGACCAAGACCGGGAGAAUCCAAUAGGAGUGGCAAUAAAGACAGAUAGUAUGUAUACAAAUAAUGUGCCUUCAGGUGGCAUCAACGGAGUUUCGUACGUAUGGAACAUAGAUAAAUAUGUUGAUAAAACUGGUCCCGCUGUACAAAAUGAAUUGCAAGUUGGAACUGUAGAAUGGGAAACGGGAAUUGCUACAGAAAUCGACUCUACAAAACCAAAAAUGGUAUCGCCAACAAUAGAUCAAGCGCAUAUCACAGAGACAAAAGUCACCAAACCAAAAGUCACUCAGCCAAAAAUUACCCAGCCAAAAGUCACCCAGCCAAAAAUUACCCAGCCAAAAGUCACCCAGCCAAAAUUCACCCAAACACACAUCAUUGAAUCCGAUGUACCUACUCAAGAACGUACAUCGAAUCGACCAUUAACUUCGAAACCUUCGUUAACGACAUUAAUAUCUGAUGUUCCUUCUUUGGGAACUUAUUAUCCAACGAAACCACGAAAAAUGCAGCCGCGAUACACAACACCUAUACCGACAGAGCAUGUUGCUGACGAUAGUAAUUCCAAAGUAGAGGAAUAUAUAUAUAUUCCAUCCUCAAAAGUAGGUUACGAUGAAAAAGAAUUACCGAGUACAAGUAAGGAAAGUGAAGAUCAAACUUUUUCAUCGGAAGAAGUAACUAAAGAAGUCACAACGAAGAAAUCUACUAAAACAACGGUAACUCAACAUACUAAAUCACAAUUAUUAGACAGCAUUGAAAAAAAAGUGCAUUCCGAGAAUGUCGUAUCAAGCGCGAUAGUAUUACCUCCGUCUAUAGAAACUGAUCAGCCUCUUAGAGUACAUCUAUCUAGUAAUAACGUCCCAGUUAUAACGACGAACGAUGAUUAUAACACAACGGAACCUGAAGUGGUUUUACCAGAUAUCAAGGAACUUCUAAAGUCGCCAGAUAUAAAUAAGCUCAUGCAAAAUAGUGAUUUACCAAUAGUAACUCAAGUGUUACAACCAUUGUCUAUUAUAUUUGGUAAAAAUUAUGUUAAGAAAAUCCUGAAGAAUGUGGAUAUAAAACUUUAUCCCACAAAUAUUGCAUUAUUGUCAUCAAUACUUAAAGAAGCCAUAACUUAUCCGGAAGUAACACAGAAUUCGCAAUUGACGAGCAUAAUUAAUCAAUACAUUGUCACUAUAGAAUAUGUGAGUCCAACGACAUUAUUACCCGUCGUAGUUUCGUCACAGAAGUUGGUAUCAGGUGUCAUAUAUUCUACGUUUAACCCGAAUGACUUAACCAAAGGUAAAAUUAGCGAAAAUCCACCUGAUAAACCAUUACGCGACAGUAUCACUGUACCUCUCGUCAAUCCUAAGAUAUUGUUGGAAUCUGUAAAUCCAUCUAAUCCUUACGAUGAUCUGCUGCCUACUUUGGAAAAAGGACAUAUACUUGCGAAAAUAUUACAGCCUAUCGAAAUGAUUUUCAUAUCUGAAAAAAUUACGGAAAUACUUGGACCAGAUUUUCAACCAUUGGUGUAUCCAAAUAAACUUACACUUCUGAUAACGCUCUUGCACAAGCUACAGAAAAGUAAAAUAAUUCAAGCAAAUGUAAAACUGAAAUCCGCAAUUGAUUAUUAUUUACAAGCUUUCGAGCUACCAUCGAUGAGCAUUCAAGUAUCUGAAGAUAGUUUCGUGAAGAUGAAGUCUGAAACUACAGGUCAGUGGUUACCUGAACUGACGAGUUUGAUUUCCGCUCUUCCAACAACUGAGAUCGAUACUGAAACGACGAUGAUAGAGGAUAUAGAGCAAUAUCUCGACGAUCCAACUCUUUUGGAAAAAUUAAAUAUAGCUAAACCACCAGUAAUCAUGUCUCGCGGAGAACUAUUGCAUAAAAUUAUUCGCAUUUCAUUAUCCGGUACAAUAAGUAUCGAUAAAAGUGUUCUGAAAGCAUUAAGAUAUUACAAGGACAAAGUAGAAUUCACCGAUAUGGGUGCUCUGCCCAUCGUGUGGAUGUGGGUCGAAACGUACGUAUUUAAGGCUGAAGUACAACUAGGAGACAUGAUCCAGGAGACGGUGAACUUCGAUCAAUUGUCAUAUAAAGAGAAAUUAUCGUAUAAUGAUAUAAUAACAUACCUAGCUCAAAAUCCUAAUCUUCUUCAAGACAACGAGGACUUCGAUUUUGAGAAAUAUAAGACACAAGGGCAGUUUGUUAAAGGUUUAUUCAAAUAUUUGCUGACAAAAUCAGAGGUCAAUAUUAAGAUUAAAAAGGACAUUAAAAUAAUACUUCCACACGUGACGGAGACUGGAGCAGGCGCAGUCGCAAUGCCAAAUUUAUCUGGAUUUUAAAAGAUCGGAUAUAUUAAUUAAAACCUAAUUCACUAAUUGAAGGGCUCUAAUUAAAGCAAUUUGAUCUGAGUUUAAAAGAAACAGAAAAUAAAUACAGAUACGUCUCACAAAACGAGUGUGUGUUUUAUAAUAAAGAACUCGAAGUGUAUUCUUUAUAAACAAUUUACUACAUUAAAUAUUGGCUAAUAGUCUUUAAUAUUGCAUAUUGUGCAUGCAAAAUCAAUUAUAUAAUUUAAGAUUGUGAAAAAUGACACAUGUAACUGUCUGUUUGGUGUAAUUUGUAAAAGAAAGAAAAACAGAAAUAGAAAGAAAUUCUGAG